AUGGAGUGGCAACCACAGGACGAUCCAUUGAGGCAGCUGGCUUGCUGCCUCAGGGAUUCCCUCAAUCCCUAUGAUCGCCCCGUCCAAAAACAGGCCGAGCAGAUGCUAGUACAAGCAACCUCGUCGCCCGAUUAUGUCAACUACAUCACCUACCUCUUCAGCACGCCGCAACCUUCCCCGGUUCUGGGAAUGGACAGUCAGGCCUACGACCUAGUCCGUUUCGCCGCUGCGAUGAACCUCAAGACGAAGAUUCACGUUGCGUACAACACGAUUCCCCAGCCCUGUUUGACCUUUAUCCGAUCGGCUACCCUGCUCGGGUUGCGCGACAACAAUCCUCACGUGCGGAAAUCGGCCGGAACAAUCAUCACAGAAUUGGUUCAGCAGGCGGGUCUUUUAGCCUGGCCCGAUGUGCUUCACGAGCUGUUGACGCUCGUCGACAACACCUCGGGAACCGUUCAGCCCCUGGCGCAGGAGGCGGCUAUGUCUGCCCUCUCCAAGGUCUGUGAGGAUAACCGCAAGAUCCUCGACCGGGACUACCAAGGACAGUGCCCUCUCGACGUAAUCAUCCCAAAGUUGCUCGAAUUUACGUCGAAUCAGAGCUCCAAAGUCCGGUCAAUGGCGCUGGGCACCAUCCAUGUCUUUCUUCCCCACCGACCUAAAGCCUUGGUCGCCUCGAUGGAUUUAUUCUUGUCGCAAUUGUUCCAGCUGGCUAAUGACUCGAGUACCGACGUUCGCCGCACGGUUUGUCAGACAUUCGCGCAGCUGGUGGACUUCUCUCCUGAGAAGCUUAUUCCACACAUGGAAGGCUUGGUGAACUACAUUAUCAUGCAACAGCAUAACCAGGAGGACCCGGAGCUUGCGCUCGAUGCGGCGGAAUUCUGGCUUGUCGCGGGCGAGCAGGUGAAGCUGCAACAGCCGCUAGCUCCUCACAUGUCCAAGAUCGUUCCAGUUUUGCUUCAAAGCAUGGUAUACGAUGAGGAUGAAGCGAUCCGGUUGACCAAUGAGGGAGACGAUGCGGAGGUCGAAGACCGCGAGGAAGAUCUCAAGCCACAAUUCGCGAAGUCGAAGAGCGGUCGGCUGGAUCUCUCCAAGUCCGAGCAAACCAACGGUAACGCAGCUCCCGAGGAGGAGGGCGAGGAUGAUGAUCUUAGUGAAGGCGAGAUUGAGGACUCCGAGUUUGGAGAUGACCCUGAGGACGAGUGGACGCUCCGAAAGUGCUCCGCUGCUGCGUUGGACGUCUUCUCGAAUGUCUAUCAUCAGCCGAUCUUCGAAAUUAUCCUGCCCUACCUGAAGGAGACCAUUCGCCAUGAGCAGUGGCCUCAGCGCGAAGCUGCUGUCUUGACUCUUGGCGCCGUCGCGGACGGUUGUAUGGAUGCCGUCACUCCUCAUCUUCCCGAACUCGUCCCUUACCUCAUUUCGCUGCUUAAUGAUUCCCACCCUGUGGUCCGACAAAUUACCUGCUGGUGCCUUGGCCGGUACUCCGAAUGGGCAUCGCACCUGGGAGACCCGGCGGAAAGAGCGCGCUUCUUUGAGCCUAUGAUGGAGGGUAUCCUGCGCAGGAUGUUGGACGGCAACAAGAAGGUCCAAGAGGCAGCCGCCUCCGCUUUUGCAAGUCUGGAGGAGAAAUCGGACGCGAACUUGAUUCCGUACUGUGAGCCCAUCCUUCGGCAGUUCGUCCAGUGUUUCGGGAAGUACAAGGACCGCAACAUGUACAUCCUGUACGACUGUGUCCAGACUCUGGCCGAGUGCGUCAUGGGAGAAUUGGCCAAGCCCCAGCUGGUAGAGAUCCUCAUGCCUGCUCUAAUUGAUCGCUAUAACAAGGUCUCGGAUCAAUCUCGGGAGCUGUUCCCGCUACUGGAGUGUUUGGGAUACAUCGCGGCGGCCUACGGCGAUGCAUUCUCUCCCUUUGCUCCCCCCCUCUUCCAGCGGUGUAUCAAGAUUAUCUAUGAAAACCUGCAGGAAUACAUGGCUUCGGUCAACAACCAGGCCAUCGAUGAGCCUGACAAGGACUUUUUGGUCACGAGCCUUGACCUUCUGAGUGCGAUCAUCCAGGCGAUCGAUCCGCAGAAGAGCGGCGAGUUGGUGGCCAACUCCCAGCCCCGGUUCUUUGAUCUGCUGUGCUUCUGCAUGGAGGAUCCGAACUAUGAGGUCCGUCAGUCGUCAUACGCUCUGCUGGGCGACUGCGCGAUCAACAUUUUCCCUCAGCUCGAGCCCUUCAUCCCUAACAUCAUACCCACUCUGAUCAAGCAGCUCGAUCUGGAUCUGAUUCGUGAUGAUGACCGUCACACUGGAUUUAGCGUUCUCAACAAUGCCUGCUGGUCGUGCGGUGAGAUCGCCGUCAACGAGAAAGCCGCGCUGUCUCCCUACACGGAAAAGCUAUACCAGGGGCUUUACAUCAUCAUCAACAAUGAGGAAAUCAUCGACUCUGUGAAUGAAAACGCUGCGAUGGCUUUGGGUCGGCUUGGAAUUUGCUCUUCCGAUCAGCUUGCUCCUCGCCUGAGCGAAUACGCCGGGGCCUUCCUGAAGUCGAUGAACAAGAUCGAGUUCACGCGCGAAAAGGCAUCCGCCUUCCUGGGAUUCAACCAGGUGGUGAUGAAGAACCCCGAGGCCAUGGAGUCCAGUCUGGCGAACUACUUCCAGGCUAUCGCUGCAUUCCCUAGCAAAUCGAUGAACCAGGAGGACUAUCGUGACAUCCAGACCUCGUUCCAGCAGGUGCUGCAAGGAUACAAAAAUAUGAUACCCAACUUCGAUUCAUUCCUGUCGCAACUUCCGGCCCAUGUUGCCCAGAAACUUCGUUCUGUAUACCAGAUUUAG